AAAUUCCACCUUCAGAAACAAAUUCAACAGUGGAAUAUACAAGUGGGCCGGAUUUAUCAAUAAGAAAUCAUGUUGUGGAGGAGCUUUUGAUGAGUACCUCUAUGCAUUGGGGCGGCAGGCCAAUCUUACUGGAGGCAUGUACUUGAAUUUGACUGAGGAAGAAAACUGCAUGACACUGAUGAGAAAUGUUUCAGGCUGUGGCAUUGAGAGGUUAACCAGUGGACCAGGCGGCUGCUCAAACUACACUGUUUCAGAUGUUGUCAACAAGCUUGGAGAUGGAUUCGGAAACUUCCACAAUGACUGUAAGAACUUGGGCUCCAGGAGCAGACAGGACCAGUCUUGCAGCGCCAAUCUGAGAAGGUAAGAAG